ACAAGUGUUCCACAAUAAAAAACAUUUCAAGCGUAGAAUUUAAAAUCUUUGUUAACUGUUUGAUGAAUCUGUUAGACUCUGCUUAAAUUUAUAUGCAUUGUUUAUAAUUGAAUCACACGGUGAACAGAUGGGUUUAUUUUUUCGUCUUGCAGCUUUCGUUGCACUAUUAGGAUUGACAUUUCCUUUGCUGAGGAAAUAUAUUGCUGGUGGAGUAUGUACAAGUAAGGCAACAAUGAAAGGAAAAACUGUUAUUAUAACAGGAACAAACGCAGGAAUUGGUAAAUCGACUGCGAUUGAUCUUGCUUCACGUGGGGCAAGAAUUAUCAUGGCGUGUCGAAGUCUAGAGAGAGGUGAAGCUGCCUUGAAUGAUAUUGUAAAACAAACGGGUAAUAAUGAUAUAAUAUUGAAGCAUUUGGAUCUCUCUUCCUUCAAGUCAGUGAGAAAAUUUGCUGAAGAAAUAUACAGCAGUGAAGACAAAAUCGAUGUUUUGAUAAAUAAUGCUGGAACAGUUAGUACAGUUGAGAGAAAAGUCAGUGAAGAUGGUCUUGAAUUGACAAUGGCAGUGAAUCAUUUUGGACAUUUCCUGUUGACAAAUUUACUUCUAGAUCUACUUCGUCGUUCAGCUCCUUCUCGUAUCGUUGUCGUAUCUUCAAUAGCUCAUUAUUCCUUUAUUACUACACGAUCAUUGAUAAAAUUGGAUGAUUUGCAAUUUGAAAAAUUCUAUACAAACUUGGAAGCCUAUGGACAAAGCAAACUUGCUAAUAUUUUAUUUACUCGUGAAUUGGCUAAACGUUUAAAGGGAACCGGUGUUACUGCAAACUCCCUUCACCCUGGCGUUAUUGGCACUGAGAUUGCUCGCGAUGCAUUUUCAGAGAACUAUAAUAAAUUUGUAAAAUUUAUUUCACAUGUACUACUUAAGACGCUUGAGGAGGGCGCGCAGACGACAAUACACCUUGCUGUGUCUGAAGACGUAGCAAAUGUUACUGGAAAGUAUUUUGUGGAUUGUGAAGAGGUAAAACCAGCAUAUACAGCGGAAGACGACGAUGGAGCCAAACGACUGUGGGAAAUUAGCGAGGAAAUUGUUCAGUUGUCUUCACAAAAAUUUAAUGUAGAUCUUUGAUAAUCUGUCAUGCUCGAUUUAACUGAAAAACAAUCUAUUUAUAAUCCUUGACACACGUCAAUUUUAUAAAUAAAAAAUAUAAUCAGAUAAAUAAGACACCUUUCCUAAGUAAAUUCUCACAAUCAAGAGUUUUACCAUUAUGUCCGUGAUCUGACGACCAAAUUAUUGUUUAUACUUUAUACUUUAUCAUUCAUGCUCAUUCGACAUGUUUAACGACUUGUAAAAUAUUUUAAUACCAAACCAUUCAAUUUUUGCUGCAUAGAUACAGCAUUUCUAGUA